UUAAUAUAGAACACUUAUCAAAAAUAGAAACGGUACAAGACAAAAUAUCGAGAAGAGGUUUGACAGAGACUUAGUCUGUGUUUUGGCAGCACCAUGGCACUUCAAGAGGCAAGUCAAUCAUACGUCUCAGUCGAAUUUGAAGUAUUCGGAAAAGUACAAGGUGUUUAUUUCACCAAAUACUGCAGAGAUCGAAGUGCAGAGCUUGAUAUUGUUGGAUGGGUCAAGAACAGUAAAAGAGGAACAAUAAUGGGCAAAAUGCAAGGUCCAAAAGCAAAUGUAGAAGUGAUGAUUGCUUGGUUAUCAAAUGAAGGUAGUCCUGGAAGCAAAAUAGAACGGUGUGAUCUAAUGAACUUUGAAUACUUGGCAAGGAAAGAGUUCAAUGGGUUUAGUAUAAGAUUUUAAUCAUUCUCAACAAAAGUAUUAUAUUUAUGCGGGUAUUGGAAAACACAGGGAAGAUAUUAAAAAUUCUACCUUAUUAAAGAAAAAAAAAGACAAGACAUGUACAUAUUGUUAAAAUUUUUAUACG